AGUAAAGGGGAAUAUCUAGGUACAAUACAGUUUUCAAAAUAAAUCAUUGUUUGCAUAUUAACAUGAGUAAAAUCUUUUGUGAUUUUUCUGUAAGGUUUACCACAUGCAAAGAAGGUCAUGUUUUAGAUCCUUUCCUCAGUCCUUAAGGGUCCUCUUAAGUACAAAGUAACAAUACAUAAUACAUAAAAAUACUACAACAUUUCACUACCUAGAUGUAAUGACAAGAGCAUAGUGGGCUUGGGAGGUCUGAAGACCUCCAAUUCUAGUUAUAAACCUUGUCACAAGGUGCAUGACGUUGGCAAAGUCAUAUAACAUGCAUCUUCUGUGUAUGGGUGUAUGCGAGGGAGAGAAACCUGCUUAAGAUAUUGCCUGCUGUGCCCAGCUCGUUAAGUUGAUCUUGGGGGAGAAUUAAUUUAUGGGGAGAAUGACCAUAAAGUAUGAAAAUGAUUAGCAGAAUCCACAAGCAUUUUAUCUUAUUAAUAUAUAAGAUACUUCAUAUAAGUAACCUAGUUAUUUUUGCCUGUAAUCUUGUUAAUAAGUGGUAAAAACUUUGUUUUUGUUAUUUGUAAUAUUCUCUUUUUUUAGGUUACUGAGCAUUUGAAAUUGAAUGAAUCAUUUACCAAAUUAUGGAGCCUAUGUAUCCUCUUGCAGGACCCCAGAUGAAUAGCAGGCUUCCUUCAAGAAUUGUACCUUUCUACUUUCCUCCAUCAAAAUGUGCACUUUGGAACCAAACACCAAUUGGAGAGUUCACCUACUUAUGUCUUAAUUACUACAGAAACCCAAAGCUUGUAGUGACUGAAAAGACCAUCCGACUUGCCUGUCGUCAUGCUAAGCAGGAUAAAAAAAACUUGCCAUGCUUUUUACUUGGUUCUCUCACAGUCGACGAAGAUGAAGAAGGUGUGACAUUGACUGUAGAUCGUUUUGAUCCUGGUCGAGAAGUACCUGAAUGUUUAGAAAGAACCCCAACUGCUUCUCUUCCUGGGGACUUUUUGAUUCCAUGCAAAGUUGAUACUCGAGGACUUUGUUCAAGAGAAAUGAUAGUUCACAAUGCAGAUGACUUCAUUUCAGCUUUUAAGGUGCUGCAGCACCAUGUAUGUAGCAAGGAUUCCUUGGACUGUGGUAAGCUGCUUUCCCUAAGAGCUCAUAUAACUUCCAGGGAGAGUUUGGACAACAUGGAUUUUGACUUUCACUGGGCAGCAGUAACUCUAGCAAAUACUUUUAAAUGCACACCUGUGAAGCCCAUCCCCAUAAUUCCAACAGCCUUGGCAAGAAACUUGAGCAGUAAUCUGAGUAUUUCUCAAGUUCAAGGGACCUAUAAGUAUGGAUAUCUUACCAUGGAUGAAACACGCAAAUUGUUACUUUUGCUGGAAUCUGAUCCUAAGGUUUAUUCUUUACCAUUAGUGGGAAUUUGGCUGUCUGGGAUUAUUCAUAUCUAUAGUCCUCAGGUAUGGGCUUGUUGCUUGCGAUAUAUAUUCAGCUCUGCUAUUCAAGAAAGGGUGUUUUCAGAAUCUGGAAGUUUCAUCAUAGUUCUCUAUUCUGUGACACAUAAGGAGCCUGAGUUUUAUGAAUGCCUCCCUUGUGGUGGUGGAAUUACUGACCUUCAAUUUCAAUUACUAACCAGUAAGGAAACAUUACAUCUUUUCAAAAAUGUUGAAUCUUCGGACAAAAAUCCAAUCUAUUUUGAAAUGAGUACUGAAAGCCAAAAUGCAGAAGCAGAGUUUUUCGACAAGGUUUCCAAGAAUCUUUCAGUUAAGAGGUCUUCUCAGAAGUUACCUCCAGGGAAAAUGCCAGUAAAUGACCAUGAUUCUGGUGUUGAAGAUGAAGAUUUUUCUCCAAGACCAAUUCCUAGUCCUCAUCCAGUGAGUCAGAAGGUAUCUAAGAUCCAGCCAUCAGUUCCUGAACUUUCGCUUGUAUUGGAUGGCAAUUUCAUAGAAUCAAACCCUCUCCCUAAUACACUGGAAAUGUUGAAUAAUGAAAAUCCUUCUUUGUUGAUUAACCAUUCUGAACACUUGGAGCCAGUGCAACCCCAGCUUUAUGAUGAGAAACACAGCCCAGAUGUUGAAGCUGAAGAGCCUUCCAUGAGAGGGCUACCGAAUCAGUUAAACCAAGGCGCUGCUCCUUUGAGGCACUGCAAAGUUAGACAGCCAGCUACCUGUAAGAAAGGGAACACCCACAUCAGGAACAGUAUUAAAUCAUCUCCUCUUAAUGGGCUGUCUCCUGAUUCAUCCGAAAAGCUUCAAGCAGUUUCUGCUGAAAAUGGACAAAGAGAAGAGUAUCCUAUAAGAUCCUCCACAUUUAAUUCCAGGCAGUCUUCUUUUGCCCCACAGUCUCACCCACACAAUUUUGUUUUUUCAUCCCAUAAUUCAGGAAGACCAAUGGAACUUCAAAUACCUACUCCCCCACCACCGUCUUACUAUUCCACAAAUAUUUGCAGUUGUUGUCAGCAUCAUGGUCAUAUUCAGUAUAGUCCAAUACAUUCUUGGCAAGGAGUGAAUACAGUAGAAUCCAUUCAGGACCUCCAAUGUGAAGCCCUUCAGAAGCAUUCGUUAUUUCAUCCAAAUGGAUGUCCAGCUAUGUACCAUAAUGCAUUUUAUUCUUCAAGUAGCCCUAUGGCUGUGAGACCCCAGGGAAGCAUGGGUGGUUGUUCUCCCCACAGCAGUGUAGAGCCAUCGCCUGUGACAAGAGCGUCUGCACACGUGGACUCAUGUAACCCACAACCUUGUGCAGUGUGCAUGCACACUCCCAAGACUGGAUCAGAUAAUGGAAUGAUGGGACUAUCUCCGGAUGCUUAUAGAUUCCUCACGGAACAAGACAGACAGCUGAGACUACUUCAGGCGCAGAUUCAGCGUUUAUUAGAAGCACAGUCUCUGCAGCCCUGUUCCCCUAAGACAACCACUGUCGAAAACAGUACAAGACAAAUGGAGUUGGUUUCCACGGAAGCACAGUCUUCUGGCUUGCACAUGAGAAAAAGUGUAAGCAUUGCUGUGAGCACAGGUGCUAGUUUAUUUUGGAAUGCAGCAGGUGAUGAUCAAGAGCCUGAAUCUCAGCUGAAGCAAGAUGAUACCAAAAUUUCCAGUGAGGACAUGAAUUUUUCUGUUGAUAUUAAUAAUGAAGUCACAAGUCUUCCAGGUAGUGCGUCUUCAUUAAAAGCAGUCGAUAUUCCCAGUUUUGAAGGGAGCAACGUUGCUGUGGGAGAAGAAUUUAAUCAACCGCUUUCGGUAUCCAACUCUUCUCCGGUUGAGAGAAAAGAACCUGAUGUGCCUGUGUUCCUUCCGAAUUCCAUCUUGGCAGAGAGUGUAAGCACAUGCUUACAGACUGGACCGACAGAGGGUGCUAGUGACAACUCUGUGACAUCAGGGGAGCCAAAAAUUGAGCUAGUAAUGCAACCCUUGCCUCAUCAACCAUCAGACAACCAGAAAAUUUACCAGGAUUUGUUGGGUCAAGUGAACCACCUUUUAAAUAACUCUAGAAAUAAAGAAACUGAAAAACCAUCUACCAAAGCAGUAAUUAUCAGCCAUGAAUGCACCAGGACUCAAAAUGUUUACCAUACAAAGAAAAAAAAACAGGAUUCAGGAUUGGUGGACAAAGAUUGUGUUCUUAAUGCAACCCUUAAGCAACUAAGAAGCCUUGGAGUAAAAAUUGAUUCUCCUACUAAAGUGAAGAAAAACGCACAUAAAGUGGAUCAUGCCAGUGUGCUGGCAUGCAUCAGCCCUGAAGCUGUGAUCUCUGGAUUAAACCACAUGUCGUUUGCUAACGUUGGCAUGAGUGGCUUAAGCCCCAGUGGUGUGGAUCUGAGCAUGGAGGCAAAUGCUAUAGCUCUGAAAUAUUUAAAUGAAAAUCAGCUGUCACAACUGCCUCUUACUCGAUCAAACCAAAAUAACUGUGACUCAUCUUUUAGCCUUUUACAUAUUAAUACAGACAAAAGCACAGUGGGGCUUAGUUUAAUUUCACCAAACAACAUGUCAUUUGCAACCAAAAAAUACAUGAAGAGAUAUGGACUCAUACAAAGUAGUGACAACAGUGAAGAUGAAGACGAGCCUCCAAACAACACAGAUAGCAAGAGUGAACGUUUACUGAAUCAAAACCUUACGUCCUUACCUAAACAACUUGUUUGUCAGAAAGAGCCUCCUAGGAAUGCCUGUGAAAUAAUCAAUUGUUAUAACUCUGAAUUCGUGGGCACUCACCCAGAUAUGCCAGUAUUGAGAAAUAUUACAAAUGAAGUUGUUCAACCAAAGGCAACACAGCAGUUGCAUGAAAACCCAGCUUUCUUAUUAAAGAACCUUAAACCAAGUCCUGCGGUGAAUCUUAGAACUGGUAAAGCAGAGUUUACCCAACAUCCUGAGAAAGAAAAUAAAAAGGACAUUCCAAUUUUUUCUGAAAGUUUGCAACCUUCUGAAACUUUAAAGCAGAUGAAUAGCAUGAAUUCAGUAGGCACAUUCUUAGAUGUAAAACGUCUCAGGCAGUUGCCAAAAUUAUUUUAAACCUUAACUCAGUGCCCUCCUGAUGUAGGGGCAGGAGGGGCAGGGUAUCUCCUCAAGAUACUUAGGGAAGCCAGAGCCUUUUGGAAGUUUUGAUCAUUCUAGAGGUCAAUCUGUUUCUUGGUGGCAGCUGACUGCAAAGAGCUGAACACGUGAUCUGAGUGUCUAUGAGAUGACUGGCUAGUGGCAGGGCUGAGUUCUCCUUGUUCAAAUAGAGCCGUUCAGUCAGUGAAACCUUUUUUAAAAAAAAAAAAAAAAACCUGAGAUCAGUUAUUAAAACAGAUUUGGUAAACAGACACUGUCCAACUUAGCAUGUGAAUAGCCGUUUUAUACUGUACGUUUUAAAAAGUAAAUUUGUUCCCCAACAUGUUGCACCUCUGCAUAUACCCAGUAUUACCUAAAAGAACAUGAAGUUAUCAUAACCCUGACUAAAUUAGCCAAAUCAAUCCUUACUGAGUUUAAGUAGCAAGUUUUUUAUUUUUUAUUUUAAAUAAGAUCUUUUAUAACAAGGAGUGUAUUUCCUCUUAAUUAAGAUGCACGUUUGUUAAUCUCUCUGGAAGUAAAACUUUUGCAGUCUGGUAGGUUAAUGUAACAUCCUCAACACAGCACUAAUUAUCACAAUAAAAUUAUUGGGUGUGAGUGUGUUUUAUAAACUUUGUGAGUUUUUCAGACAUUUUGAUAUUUUUAAUAGAACUUAAUAAAAAUGUCUAGAUUGAUUGUUUUCCUUUGUCCUCUGCUAUAGCGUAUCCUUUCCAC